CCCAGUCACGCGCCUCUGGCUGGGCGCCCUGGCCGAGGGGACCGCGGGUCUUCAGGGCACCAUGAAUGCCAUCGUUGCCCUUUGUCACUUCUGUGAGCUGCAUGGCCCCCGCACGCUCUUCUGCACCGAAGUCCUGCAUGCGCCACUGCCGCAGGGGGCAGGCAGCGGGGACAGCCCGGGCCAGGGCGAGCAGGCCGAGGAGGAGGAGGGCGGUAUCCAGAUGAGCGGCCGCCUCCGCGCCCACAGCCCCGCCGAGCCGGGCAGUGCAGGGCCCACGAAGUCGGACAUGUGCGAGGGCUGCCGCUCGCUCGCCGCAGGCCACCCGGGGUACAUCAGCCACGAUAAGGAGACCUCGAUUAAAUAUGUCAGUCACCAGCACCCCAACCACCCCCAGCUCUUCAGCAUCGUCCGCCAGGCCUGCGUCCGGAGCCUCAGCUGCGAGGUGUGCCCCGGCCGGGAGGGCCCCAUCUUCUUCGGGGAUGAGCAGCACGGCUUCGUGUUCAGCCACACGUUCUUCAUCAAGGACAGCCUGGCGCGCGGCUUCCAGCGCUGGUACAGCAUCAUCGCCAUCAUGAUGGACCGCAUCUACCUCAUCAGCUCCUGGCCCUUCCUGCUCGGCCGCGUGCGCGCCAUCAUCGACGAGCUGCAGGGCAAGGCCCUCAAGGUGUUCGAGGCCGAGCAGUUCGGCUGUCCGCAGCGCGCGCAGAGGAUGAACACCGCCUUCACGCCCUUCCUGCACCAGAGGAACGGCAAUGCGGCACGCUCGCUCACCUCCCUGACCAGCGACGACACCCUCUGGGCCUGUCUGCACACCUCCUUCGCCUGGCUCCUGAAGGCGUGCGGCAGCCGGCUGACCGAGAAGCUCCUGGAGGGUGCCCCAACCGAGGACACCCUGGUGCAGAUGGAGAAGCUGGCUGACCUGGAAGAGGAGGCUGAGAGCUGGGACAAUUCUGAGGCCGAGGAGGAGAAAGGCCCUGCGCAGCCAGGGGACGCCGGGAGGCGGGAGCUGACCAAGUGCCCACCGGAUGCCUCCCUGCUCCCAGGCUGUGCCGCCUGGCAGCCCCGCAAGCUGUCUGUCUUCAAGUCCCUGCGGCACAUGAGGCAGGUGCUGGGCGCGCCGUCUUUCCGCAUGCUGGCCUGGCAUGUUCUCAUGGGCAACCAGGUGAUCUGGAAGAGCAAGGAUGUGGACCUCGUCCACUCGGCCUUCGAGGUCCUCCGGACCAUGCUGCCCGUGGGCUGUGUGCGCAUCAUCCCCUACAGCAGCCAGUACGAGGAGGCCUACCGCUGCAACUUCCUGGGGCUCAGCCCGCAAGUGCAGGUGCCCGCCCACGUGCUGGCCUCCGAGUUCGCUGUGGUGGUGGAGGUGCACACGGCGUCGCGCUCGCCCCUGCUGCCUGCCGGGCGUGAGGAAGAGCAACCGCUGAGCAAGUACGAGUUCGUGGUGACCAGCGGGAGCCCAGUGGCCGCAGACCGAGUGGGCCCCACCAUCCUGAACAAGAUUGAAGCGGCCCUGACCAACCAGAACCUGUCUGUGGACGUGGUGGACCAGUGCCUCGUGUGCCUCAAGGAGGAGUGGAUGAACAAAGUGAAGGUCCUGUUCAAGUUCACCAAGGUGGACAGCCGGCCCAAGGAGGACACACAGCGGCUGCUGAGUGUGCUGGGCGCGGCCGAGGAAGACAACGUAAAGCUGCUCAAGUUCUGGAUGACGGGCCUGAGCAAGACCUACAAGUCGCAUCUCAUGUCCACGGUGCGCAGCCCCACGGCCACCGCCGAGGCGCGCAGCUGACCUGGGCCUCCAGACUCAGCUGCACCAGGCCCAGCCAAGAGACAGGUGGCCCUGGCCAGGUAGGCACCCCUGCAGUUGGCCCCGCGGGGGCAGGGAUGGGGGCUGCCUGGCCUGCGCACUGCACUUCCUCCUCAGCACUCACAGCCUGGCGCAGUAGCUCCUGCAGUCGGCUGAUUUGUGUUGUUGUCUUGUGUCCUUGUAAUUUAUAUUUCCCGCAAAGACUUCCCCGUUUGUAUGACUGGGUCUCUGUGGCCUGCAGAAAUGUUGAGACACAGUAAAGUUGUACUUUGUUAA